AUGCCGACUGCUCCCACGUCGCCGACGCCUGCACCGCCAUCGCCGAGGUCAGCAACACCACCAUCGGCAGCGGCAGAGCCAUCGCUGGAAAACUCGUUUGGGCUCAAGGCCAAGGUUGCAUCGCUGGUGGCAACUGGCAUGACCUUUGCGCUCAUCCAGCUCUCCACCUCGGCAUCGUCGCUGGUCAAAUGGCUCCUCUCACUGCUGUGGAAUGACGUCCUUCUCCCGCCGCUCACCAGGCUCGCCGACACAUACAUUGUCGCCUGGUUCACAUCACUCUCUGAGGCUCAGAUCUUCACGGCGCUCGGGGUCAUCACCGUGCUCGGAAGCAUUGGCCUCGCAAUCACGUAUUACUUGGCCGAAGUUGUGGCCGCGAUGCUGGCCUCGCUGGUAGCGCUUCCUCUCUGUGCAGUGGCACUCGCCUGGCGGCUGCCGCUGCCGUACGGAUGGGCGCAAAGCCUUGCUGGGCUCCAUCCCUUGGCGGCGACAUCGUCCAUGCUUCUUCUACCCAGCGUAUUGAUUGCGGUCCCGCGGCUUGAUCGACCGGUCCAGCUAGCGGUGGCUCUCUGGGCCGCGCUCGCGGUCUUGCCGUGGCCGUUCAUGCUGCAGGCGGUGCUCCCAGCAGAGAUUGUUGGGGCAGUCAUGUCACACCUCUCGUAUCCGUUCCCAUGUGUUGCGGCCGGUGGCGGUCGGGCGCUGUGCCGGUUUGUGUCGGAUCCUGCCUCGCCACUGCACCUCAACGUUAUUGCCAACGCCCCGCUCCCGCUCGGCGACCUCCUUGCCCGGAUGGAUGCACCGCAGCUCGCCGCUUCGCGCAAUGUGACGCUUGCAGUUGUUCAUCUCGGUCCACUGGCUCUUGCACACUGGUCGCGCCUCGUCCCGCUCCUCAUAGCCUCUGCUGUUCUCCUUCUACUCUCGCAGCGAGUGCAGCGGCACGCUUCUACCGCCGUGAUGAGCGCAAUGUGCCUCAUGAUUGUCGUCUGCGGUGCGCUCAUGCUCUCAUCGCUCACCGGUGUUACUACUGGUCCACCUGUUGCCCUUGCGCAGCAGCUUGAGUGUUCACAAGCGGUGGCGGUUCUACGCGAGACGCAUCGCGUGCCGGAGGCGUUCUGGGCCAUCCCCAACGCAGGAAACUACACUGGAAACGCGCUGGCAACGUCGCGCGAGUCACGAUGGUACGGGCGAUCGCUGGCCCAUGGCCGCGGGACCGUGACGCUGGCACUCCCUCACGUUGCUCCUCACCUCAUUGUCGCGCUGCGAGGCGAGUGGGAGACCGGGCGGCUUGUCUAUGGCCGUGUGGAGCUCAACUGGACAAUGAGCUGCAACGAGACCGAGACACUUCGCACCCAAGCGAUCGCUGCGGUCCUUGAUGAGGCCUUGGACGCGCUUGGCUCACUCUGGACGCCGGAGCGCGGGCGAGUCUUCAGCUUUGGCGCUGACGGGCCUGCCGCGUCGUCGCGACCGCCGGCGUUCUUUACGCAAGCGCUCCCGGCAUCGCUGCCGAGCCUUGCGUGCGAGGCCAGUAGCGAGUGGACGAGCGGGAGACUGAAUAUCAUGCUCACGGCGGCUGUCGCUAACGGGCGUGUGAGCGUGUCGAGUGGCCGUGGCGCUUCGCCUCUCUCCAUCACGCUGCGCUCGGAUGGUCCGGGAUGGCGACUGGGUGGUCUGAUCUCUGCGCCCAUGGGUGAUGUGGUGGCGUGGCAUUUGGCGCUGCCGAGCGGUGGCGGUGAGCUGGAGUAUGAGGGCGGGUUUGGAGUCGAUGGGCCGGCCGGUGAAGGCUUUGUUGCUCUCCAUGCUUUUGACGAGGGUGGCGGUCACAUUCCAGGCUUUGCCUUUGUUCUCGAUCCGCCACGGAUUGCCUCCGAGUUUGCGCGGACAAGCGCAAGGCCUAACCGGUACGCCGACCGGAUUCCGCUGGCGGACAGCCCGACGUCGGCCACUGGCGACGGGCGGGCGGUGCUCGAGGUCCACCAUCUUCAGUUUGUGGGUCUCUUUGCCGAGGCGCUUCCGCUGCUGCGGUACGACGCCUACGGCGCGGCAGGACUCGAGGGGUGGCGGGCAGUGGUGCACCGUGGAUGGCUCCGGCUCGGCUCGCCGCUCUGGCUAGCGCCGCUGAUGGAGAGCCUACCCGCCGGCGAGUUUGCAGGGUUCUCUGCCAACACGAUUGUGUCGGCUGGCGGCAAUGUGACGUGUGCACUGGCCAAAGACUCGGCUCUUGGGUGCGGCGGCGGCGUCGUGGUGGCUGCCGACGAUGGGUACGUGUUCCGUGGGCGGAUCAAGGGCUCGCAGACACACGGUGCCGGCGUGCUCUCCCAUCCACGGUCUGAAGAUGCGGCGUACGGGUACUGGAAUGCUGGACUUCGCAACGGGCAGUUUGUGUUGUACGACCCGGUCCGUGGCCGCUGGGAGUCGGUCCGCUACCGCUCCGGCGUCGUCCUCUCGUCGAAAUCGGUGAAGCGAUCAGGGUCAACAGCAUCACACGAGGAGCAGAUCGUUGAAGCGUUUGUGGCGCGAGUCCUUGCUGAUGCAGGAAGCGCCUGAAACUUUGCUUGCGCUGGCAAUCGUGGGUUUGUUGAAGAGUUUACGGACAUGCCCGAGGAUCAUCUCCGCAUGGGCAAGAGAACACCAUGAAUGUUUGGAAUGACGCCUCCGCCUGCCAAGCAGACCUUGUGGAACAUGCGCUCAAGCUCCAUGUCGUUGCCGAUGGCAAGUUUGACGUGGCGAGCGGUAAGGCGACCAGCUUUGGUGUCGCGCAUGGCAUUGAUGGCCAACUCGAGGACCUCACUCACCACAAACUCGACGGCGGCGGCGACUGCCGGCAGCGUCUCACGGUUGUAGAUCGGGGCGAGGAGCUCCUGCGACUCGAAGACCUGCUUGACGUGGGAAAGAUGGAGAAGGACUGGGACGCCUGAGCCAGCGGCGAGCGAGCUUAGUGUGCGUGCCACAUCAGCUGCCGCAUACUUGGCCACCUCGCCCGGGAAGUGCAGCUUGAUGGCCGAGACGACGUCGUCGGCAAUGAACGCAGAACGC